AUGGCCAGUGCUCAUGUUCUUAUAGUUGACGACUCUUGUGUUGACCGUCUUGUUGCAUCAAGAGUCAUGGAGAGUUGUAACAUUAAAGUGACCCCCAUGGAAGGUCCUAAGGAAGCAUUGCAGUUCUUGGCUAUGGAACAUGAUGUGAAGCUAAUACUGACGGAUUAUUCUAUGACUGAUAUGACUGGCUAUGACUUUCUACUAGAGAUGAAGAAAUCACCAAAGCUUAGUCACCUUCCUGUGGUGAUUAUGUUCACUGAUGAUGUCCCUGAAACGAUUAAAAAGUGCCUUGAAGGAGGGGCUAAAGACUAUAUCAUGAAGCCUAUCAAAGUUGCAGAUGUGCCCCAUCUUCUUAGCUACAUUUGA